UAAUGUAAGACAGACAGCGCAACUUAAACAAAUCUCUGUGUCUGUUCCCACGCCGAAAUUUUCUUUUCAUUUUCCAUUCCAGCUGCACUUUAGCCAUAUAUAUAAUACAGCUAGCUACUCUCUUCUCUCUAUACCUUUAACAUUAACACAUCUCUCUAUCUCUCAAUUCUCAAACCCUUAAGUAAAUAUAGUAAAAAUGAGGAGGAAUUGUAGUAACUUAGAACUCUGCCUUUUUCCUCUCUAUGAUUCUGGCAAUCACAACAACAGCAACCACCACAUAGGGGUAGAAGAGGAAAGCCCAAUGCAAAAUCAGCAACAGCCGCUGACCAUUUUCUAUGAUGGGAAGAUGUGUCUUACUGAUGUCACAGAGUUUCAGGCCAAAUCGAUCUUAAUGCUUGCAAAUAAAAUUAAGUUGCAAGAAAAAGUGAAGACACCAAGAGGGUCAGAGCCAACAACACCAGUGCAGUCAGGCCUUUCAAUGAAGAGAUCUUUGCAACGGUUUCUACAGAAGAGAAAGAAUAGGGUCCAAGAAGCAUCUCCAUACCUUCACUAGCAAAAUGUACAAGUUUUUUCUUAGAAAUUGUGUAUUUAAUGUUUCAAUAUAAAAUUUAUUUGAAGUUAUAUCUAUAUCAUCUUCAAGUUGAUAAGCAAUUCAAGAGCUAGAUGAUAUAAAAUUGUCCCCGAACGUGUGUUGGAAAUUGUGGUACAAAAUCAACCAAAGAAAAUUUGUACUGGUGAUGAUACUACAAAUGAGAAGAAGUCAACACUUGAAUUGCAAAUAGAUGGUGAUGAUGGUCAUAAGGAACAUGGAUUAGAGAAAGCUGCAUUAAUUUCCUACAAUAGAGCCAAGUAUGUUGUUAUUGAUGAAAGGAAGAAUUCAGUGAGAAGGUUAGAUUACAUGAAGAUAGAACUAAAAGUAGAAGAAAAUGAGUUUUCUAAGAUGUCGAAUGAGGAUCGCAAUAAGAGUGUGGAAGAGUUUAUUCAGAAAUUCAAUAAGCAAAUCAGACUCCAAGCAUCAACUAUUAAUGACUAUCAAAUUUAGAAGGUCUUUCAGUGUUAGAAUCAAAGACUAUAUUCCAAAAAAAAAUAAAAAAAAUUGGUGUCUUGUAUCUUAUGUACUUGUUUAAUUAAUGUUACAUUUUGCUACUCUGGAUUUUGUAAAUGCACCACCAUGUUCCCUUUCA